AUGAAUAUGGCCGGCAUGAAUCCUGGCGGCAUGGCGCCAGGCGGGCCCGUUGGUGGUGGAAUGAUCAUGAUGAACAACGGCAGCCCGGCUACACAAGUCAACAUGGCCAACUCUCCAGAACAAGUGAAGGCUCAGUUGAACACGUACAUCUACGAGUAUUUCUUGAAGCUCGGUCACUAUGACCUUGCCCGAAGUCUGCUGCGUGAGGAAAAAUUCGAAAUCCGUACCAAGCCGCCGGUCAAGCAGAGUCCCGGCCGGCGCAAAGAUACCGAAGUUAAUGGUGUUGACGGCGACGCCAUGGACACCGAUGUCAAAGACGAUAUUCCUGACGAUCUCCCCCGCCCCAUGCAUGUUGGUGACGCGAACACGCCUGGCGUUGGGUUCCUGUUCGAAUGGUUUAGCAUCUUCUCUGAUCUUUUCACUGCGCAUCGUUCAAGCAAAAUCCAAGGUGGCCAUGGUGCGAAUAUGGGACCCGCGGCUCAAUAUUUGAUGCAACAUCAGAACAUGCAACGCAUGAGGGAAAACCAGCAAAACCAGAACCUCGCUCGACCUGGCAUCAUGGCCGCAAAUCGAUUUGCUAUGCAGGCUAAUCUCCGCAACAACGUCGUGAACGGGAACAACAUGGCCAACAAAUUUACUCCUCAGCAGAUGCAGCAACAAUACAAACAGGCGCAGAUGAUCUCGCAGCAACAGCAGCAACAGAUGCAGCGAGAACAGGGUGACGUGGACAUGAACGGUCGCGCCUCGUCGCCGGCGGAGGGCGAGAAUGGUGGGUCGCCGUCCAAGAGACCACGACUCGAAGGUCAACAGUUCAACGGUGGCAUGAUGCCUAAUGUGCGACCAGGAAUGCCCAACGUGGCACCUCAGAACAUGAUGAUCCAGAAUACCUUCCAGCCCAACAUGAAUAACCCUCAAUUCCGGCAAAACGGGGCCAUGCCACAGAAGCCCAUGCAGGCUGGGAUGGCUAAUGGCAUGAUGAACAUGGCCAAUGCCGGUUCGCCUAUCAUGCAGGGCAUGAAUCCUCAAUUCGAAGCGGGGAUCCAGAUGGAUAUGUACAACCAGAGGAUGCCUGGCCAACAGAUGCCAGCCGGUCCGGGCGGAGGGACUGGAAACCAUGCUCUUCAAGAUUAUCAAAUGCAGUUGAUGCUUCUCGAACAACAGAACAAAAAGAGACUGAUGAUGGCAAGACAAGAGCAAGACAAUGCCGUCAAUAGGGAUGGUGGCCCAGGCGGACCUAUGGUGGGAAUGCAACCGGGUGGCAUGUCGCCGUCCGGCAGCCGGACGGGCACUUCCCCCAAUCCGGUGGAUCAGAUGAAGCGUACACCCCAGCUAGGAGGUUUGCCUGGUUCGCCUUCGGCGGCAGACAUGGCAGGAAGAUCGCCUGGCGCAAUCAACUUCAUGAACGGCAUUCAGGGCUCCGACUUCAAUCCUAACAUGUUUAUGAAAGACAAUCAAGGCAUGGUGCCCGGUGCCCCGAACAUGAGACCUCCCACGGCCAUGGAAAUGCAGGCAAACAUGGCGCGUCAACAACAAAGUCGCAUGGGUGGCCAGUUCCAAGGUGGCCAGCCAAUGGUGCAACAACCAUCUCAAGGAGGAGGGCCGCAGCCGAUGGGCACGCCUGGGCAGCGGAAUGAGAUGCCACCACCUCAAGCCCCAGCAGGGAACAAUCCCCAACGCAACCAGCCUGGGUCUCCACAGAGCGGCAAUGCGCCCCCGACUCCGUCGACAACUAACAAACCGAACCCCAAGAAGAAGGCGAAGGAGGAAGGAACCAAGAAACGCCCAGCCAAGAAGGGUUCGACGGCAGCGGCUCCAGCGUCUUCGGAGAAUGAACCCCCUGCGACGCCCACUCCUUCCACUCCUCUCACCCCAGUACACCCUCCAGGUUUCAACAACUCGGCUGGCAAGGGCGGCGCAGCUGGCAUGCCGAAUCCCAAUCAACCUCCGCCGCCAAACCCGGCCAUGCCACCCAGCCAGCCACAGAUGCACCAACCCGAUCUCCAGCAGAACGCUUUCACCGACUUCAAUGCAGACCAGAAUUUCAAUUUGGAUUUCAGCAGUUUAGAGAACAGCGAUGUUUUGGAGAACUUUGACUUUGACAGUUUCCUCAACACGUCCAACGAGGACACAUUCAACUUUGACAACGCCAUGGGGAUAGGACCAGACUUUGGAGUUGACACAACCAACGAAUAG